CAAAGAAAAAUAUACGUCCCUUCUGCUGAACAUUGACAUGCAACUGCCAUGAAUUUGUCUCUUUCGCCAUGUGGACAACCAAAAAAUCUAAAGUUUCAAAGAGUAUUGAAUUUUAAACGUUAUGUUUGUAAAAUCAUUAUUUAAGCCCUGAAAUAGUAUUGGAUUUUCUAAUAAUGAAUAAGACAGGGAGCGGGUUUUCCUCGUCAAACGUAAUCCUCUUCAAGGGCCAUGAGAAAGUAAAGGGUGCAGUCGGAAAAAGCGAAAGCAUUAAGCGAGAGAGUGUCGGAUGAUGCUAUUUUUGCAGCAAUGGCACCACAUGGCUAUGGCUAUGGCGGCAAUUUCGCUCACAUCAUUUCGUUCACAAAUUCUUGUCCGAUGAAGUAAACAUUGCCCGCACUGGAUCACGGUCGCCGCAUCGCGAGCUGCGUAAAGUUUUUGCAGAACGAUGUUUGGUUUGUUUUUUCACGCGAGAACUUUUGUAGAUGUAGUGGAUUUUGAUUUGUGCGGAUAUGGAUGGGAGUUUCGGGUUUCGAUCGGGUUGUAGUGAGGACGAUGUUUGAGGAUUCGUACCAGCGCAUGGAUAAGAGGAGAGGCUAAUGGAGGUGCAUCGGGAGCGGGAAUUGAAGGUUGUGAACGAUCAGAUUUGGGAGACAUGAUGGCAGCAUUGAGUAAUGGAAGCAUCGGAGACAUGAUGGCGGCGUUGAAGCAUCUCCUCAGCUUGUCGGGUCCACCCCGGUGCAGGAUGGACAGUAGGAUGACAAUGAGCUCGGAGACUACGAGUCAAGAGACGAGAGCGAGGACGAGGGCGAAGGAGGAGUAGAAGAGGCAGAGCCUUGGUUUGUUUAUCAGUGACUGACAGGUAGAGAGAGUUUGGAGUACACAGUGAUAGUGAAUGAGGUAAACUUUGAUUCAAGUGGAGAAGACGUUGGAAUCUGCUUUGACGACAGUAGUGUUGUCAUUAGCAGUUCCUUAACUGCCGAAAAAGAUAAGUUCGAGGAUCAUCGGCCUGUGAAUGCUUUUGCACUUGAUCCGAAGUACGCUUGUAAAGCCUCGAAACAAUUUGUUUCAAAAAGGACCUGCUGGACAGCUCCUCUUUCUCAGCAAGGGCUGGUGAAGUUCCACAAGGAAGGUAGCAUCAUUAGUAAUUUGCGGUUUCCCACUUCAACUUUUUGUCUCUACCGCAACAGAAAUUACAUACUCGAUUGUUAUGGAACAAUUACCCACAAACAUGCAGUAUGGCGUCAUCAGUGCAGCAAGGAAAAGGCAAGGAAACAUGAAUGGUAACUUGUAUGAGGUUUUUGUGAUACGUCCUGCACUCUGGUGAAUGGAUUGGGCAUGCUGUGAACAUGAGAACAAGUCUUAUUGCUUGGGCCAAUAGUGCUGGUAUCAAACUGUAUGAUACAGCUUCACAUCAAUGUGUAACGACUAUAGAACAAUCACCACGUGCCAAUCUCUCUCGUUCUACUCUUUGGCAGGAACCUUAGGGUCAGGGACGAAGCAUGUGGAAAUACGGAGAACCCUGCAACCAGACAACUAUAUGUCAGGACUUGCACUGUUUGGAGAUCAGCUUGUGUUUCUCGCUUACUUCCUGGACCAAGAGGAUUGUGAAGUAGAGUCCAUAGCUAAAGCAUUUCCAUGGCAGUUAUUGGUGUUACAGAAAUUAUUUAGCUAUGGUUGGUGGAUUUGUAAAUUUUCUAUACCAGAAUAUUGCUUCAGGGAUAUGCACAUCAGCCAGAAGCGCGGAUAGUAACAAGACGUAACAAAGAGUUGGCAACCGACACUCCUUCUAUUCAUUACUAUGAUCAUUACAGAGCCAAAGAUUACGUUCUUGCUCAUGCUCCUUUCAUCGGCGCGAACAUCUACCUGUUUUUCCAGGAUAAUUGUACCAAAGUAGCAGUUAUGAGGAAUUUGACUGGUGUUGUGAAA